CCCCUUUUAACUAUUGCCAGCAUCCUCGUCCUUCUUCAUUCUGUGGACUUUUAACUCUUCACUCCAUUCAUUCAUCAAGUGCGUGGUGUGAGUGUGUGUUUAUUCGGCCAGAUGGAGGACUACCACAAACCGGACCAGCAGACACUGCAGGCUCUCAGGAACAUUGCCAACCGGCUCCGCAUCAACUCCAUCAAGGCGACAACUGCAGCUGGCAGCGGACACCCUACAUCAUGUGCCAGUGUGGCAGACAUCAUGUCGGUGCUUUUCUUUCAUACCAUGAGGUACCGACCCGAAGACCCACGUAACGCCAACAAUGACCGCUUCAUCCUCUCUAAGGGUCACGCUGCUCCUGUGUUGUAUGCUGUCUGGGCAGAAACAGGCUACCUGAAGGAGAAUGAGCUCCUGAACCUGCGGAAAGUGGACUCUAUUCUGGAGGGACACCCCGUGCCGAAGCAGCAGUUUGUGGAUGUGGCCACUGGUUCUCUAGGGCAGGGACUGGGAGCUGCCUGUGGAAUGGCCUACACUGGGAAGUACUUUGACAAGGCCAGCUAUCGGGUGUUCUGCCUACUGGGUGAUGGAGAGCUGUCUGAGGGCUCCGUCUGGGAGGCCAUGGCGUUCGCUUCCUUCUAUCAGCUUGACAACCUGGUGGCCAUCUUGGACAUUAACCGCCUGGGUCAGAGUGACCCGGCUCCACUGCAGCACCAUGUGGAGAAGUACCAGCGACGCUGUGAGGCCUUCGGCUGGCAGUCUGUGAUCGUGGACGGCCACUGUGUGGAGGAGCUGUGUAAGGUGCUGGGUCAACCACGCCACCAGCCACUCGCCAUCAUUGCCAAGACUUUCAAGGGCAAAGGCAUAUCUGGGGCUGAGGAUAAGAUGGGAUGGCACGGCAAACCGCUGCCCAAAGACAUGGCUGAGAGUGUGAUCAAAGAGCUGCAGGGCCGCAUGGUCAACUGCAACAAGCGCCUCUAUCCUGCUCAUCCACAUGAGGACACCCCUCCCGUCAGCCUCCGCAACAUCCACAUGUCAAGUGCACCCAGCUACAAACCAGGAGACAAGAUUGCGACCAGGAAGGCGUACGGCCUGGCUCUGGCCAAACUUGGUCGCUACAACGAGCGCAUCGUGGUUCUGGAUGGAGACACCAAGAACUCCACCUUCUCUGAGCUCUUUAAGAACGAACACCCAGACCGCUACGUGGAGUGUUACAUCGCAGAGCAGAACAUGGUAAGCGUUGCCGUUGGUUGUGCCGCACGGGAUCGUAAUGUCGUGUUCGCCAGUACCUUCGCCACCUUCUUUACUCGAGCCUUUGACCAGCUGCGCAUGGCUGCCAUCUCAGAGAGCAACAUCAACCUCUGCGGCUCCCACUGCGGCAUCUCUAUUGGUGAGGAUGGGGCCUCUCAGAUGGCUCUGGAGGACUUGGCCAUGUUCAGGGCCAUUCCCACUGCCACCAUCUUCUACCCCAGUGAUGGAGUCUCCACUGAGAAGGCUGUGGAGCUGGCAGCAAACACAAAGGGUUUGUGCUUCAUCAGAACAAGUCGCCCCGAGAACAGCAUCAUCUACAGCUGCAAUGAAGACUUCCACAUUGGGCAGGCCAAGGUGGUGUAUAAAACCAACGACGAUCAUGUGACUGUGAUCGGAGCAGGAGUGACUCUUCACGAGGCACUGGCUGCUGUUGAGGUUCUCAAGAAAGAGAGGAUCAACAUCCGUGUGAUUGACCCCUUCACCAUCAAACCUCUGGACUCUAAGACCAUCAUUGACAACGCCAGAGCCACCAGAGGUCGCAUCAUCACAGUGGAGGACCACUACUACGAAGGUGGCGUCGGUGAGGCGGUGUGCUCGGCAGUAGUGAAUGAAACCGGCUUCACCGUGCAUCGCCUGGCCGUCAGCCAUGUGCCACGUAGCGGGAAACCUCACGAGCUGCUUCGAAUCUUUGGCAUCGACCGCGACGCAAUCGUUCAGGCGGUUCGUAAGAUGCUGAGCGGCUCUGCCAACUCAAAGUAGAAAUGUUACAGCAGGUGGUGCAAUGGAAACAUCGUACAGUGAUGUGAUGUGUGGUAAACUCAUCGUUUACCGUUGAAGCAAAAAGUAGAAAAUCAUCACAGGAGGUGAAAGAAGUCACGGCCCACACCGGUUGUUAAAAAAAACUACUGAAAUGUUUACUUAGCUGUUAUCAAUGUUACAUUUCACCCCUCCCUCUCCUCCCCCUCAACCCACGUUGUCUCACCCGUUUGUGAGUGCAGUAAACACCCCCUGACACACACUCCCCCACCCCAACUCCUCCUACCUCCUAGAAAGUGAUGUAGUGCUGCUGUGGUGUUGUAGUAAGAAGAGUGAACAUGGUUUGGCGUCAGGUUUUUUUUUCUAAUUUCCUCCCCCUAGAGUCAGCAACGUGUUAAGAAUCUGGUUUGGUCUGUUUGAGCACUGACUGUUGUUUAACUUUUAAUCCCAACAUGGAUUGGACUGCUUCACACCAAUAAAGGAUUUGGUUUCACCACG